AUGCCAGAGAAGUCAAUAUCGGAGAGAGCCAUGAACUCUGCCUCUCGAGAUAUUCGCCGGAAGGCACUGCAAAAAAUUGCAGCGCUGUCUGCUACGUCACCGGAUACUACUUUCGAUCAUUCAGAUCUUGAGCGACUCUCAAAAGGAUGUUUACAAAAUGGGAAGGCUAAUGGCAAAGUCAAUGGGCAUGCCAAUGGCCACUCGAGCUCUCUAUCCGAUUCCCCUAUGAACAUCCGGGAAUUCGAGGUUCUACUGGCAUUGUGCAAGGCAGCCCCCCUUCUUCAAGAUCGCGAGAGCGCCAAAAAACUUGUGGAACAACUCUCUCCUUAUAUUCUGGAGGCUCACACCCAAGCCUUUGUUCCGUCGCCCUAUUUUCGAGACAUCGAACCCUCCCCAAUAGAAGCCUUGAGCUACAAUCUCACGGCGGCUCUCCUUACACUGGGUAUCAAUCAUCAGGACCUGAAACAAUCGAUCACUGAACUGCUAUGGGCCUAUCUGCGGCACUGCUUAAAUGCAGCAAAGGCAGCUUCGCCAGCUCAGGAGCCUGCCUCCGACGAUGAGAGCGAUACCGAAGUACAAGACGCUGUCAAUGUCGCUAAUAUUACUAUGACCGUUUUAGGGUUCCUUGAUGCCACUGCAAUUUAUGCUAAUUUCUGGACCGCUUCCGAAAGAACCCUUCUAAUCCAACGUGUCAAAAUUUUGCUGUCCGAGGAGUUUCUGGUCGCUGUCGAGAAAGCGUUUUCCGCAAUUCGAAAUUCAAACGCACUGCACAGUCAGGCGAAGGAGUGGAAGAGAUAUGUCCGACAUUACGCAGCAAUCGGCCGCCCUCUUGGUGCUAUGCUCCUCCAACGAAGCUUCAUGUGGCUCUUGGUUGCUGCGUCCUCACUUCUGGUUACUGACGUAGACACCCUCAGAAAUAACGAUGUUCUAGAUAUACACAUCGCGAAUACAGGUGCAUCGAGCCAAGCAUUUCCCCCAAGUGAUGACGUCGUAGAUUUUGAUGCUGUCGAGACAAUGGCUGAUAUGGCUACGGAUGAGAUGAGUCUCCUUGAGGAUGGAGCUGAUUACCUUCGCUUGGGGUCGACCUGGCAACAGCGCCUGGCUUUUUCUGUAAAAGCUGGUGCUUUGACUAGCUACCUGAACUGCUCUUUCCUCGACGAAGAUGCUGCCGAUGCUGAUGUUCUCAUGUCCUGGCUGGAGGAUACUCUUGCGGACCCAUUACAAAUGGCUGAUGAGACGCUGGCAAGCGUGGUUCUGCGCGCCAUGGCUUUGAUCUCAAAAUUGUCGCCGGGUUUCGCGCCGAAUGUCACUCGUCUACUACCACGAUUCAUCGUUCAGGGCGGCCCACGAGGCGGGACUAUUUCCCUUGCAUCCAAUUGCUUGGCCUAUGUUCUCCAAAUACUCUCGAAAGAUGCCAUCAUCACCACUUUAUAUACCUUCGGAAACGUUCUGAGCUCUAGCUCUAAUGAGCGAGCCCUUGCUGGCGGAGCUAAUGGUGACCUUUUGUUGGAUGGAAGCGCUGGCUCCAUGCUUUAUACAGGGAAGCAAUCUACCGGUAGUAAUAUCUCUUUGUUGACAACUGGCGAGGAAGACACCUCUACCGUAUAUGGGGAUGUUGUUCAGGCCAUUUGCACUAUUGCCUCUAGCUGUAAUGACCCGGAAAUUACCGCUCUGGCUCAGACUAUGCUGCUCCAAAAGAUCAACAAAAUUAGUAGAGUGACUGAUGCACGCAUUAUUAAGGAGACUGCUACAUUGGCGUUGAGCGGAGGGCUACUCGAAUUUCGCGCCUUACUCAAGAUCUACUCUAAAAUUUGCCACGAUGGGGUGGCUCAAAACAAUGAGCUCUUAUUAGACGCUGUGAUGAGCGCCCGUAAUUUCCUCUCAUCAACGUUGCGAAAAAAGACUGCCCUACAUGACAUUUACCUAGAGUACCUUCUUGAAGCUAUUGUCAGCAAGGGCGAUGUAUACCACGGGCAAAGUAAGGCCGGGGAGGGAGAUGUUGAAAUCGCGGCACGAGACAUUGCCCAGCUCUUGCAUCCUCUGGCCAUAUUGAUGUCCAACAAUGAGUUGGCCUCAGAUGAUAGUCUUAGCGAGGAGAUAUCAUCUCUCUUCCGUGAUGCAUGGUUUAAUAUCGCUGUUCACGGUUUCGCGACCAACACCAACCGUGGCAAGAAAUACCUAAAUGAACUACGCCAUAUCGCAAUUCAUUCAAAGCCUCUUGUUGGAGAGCAGCGAGGGGAGCAAAUCGAGAGCGAUAUUGAGUUAAACACUGUCCUUCGUCGUGGUAUGAGCUCCGAAAACGAAUCAAUACAAAAGAAACGACUUACAGCUCUUCUACCUUCAAGGGCUUCGGAUAUUAGGAGUCUUAGUUAUCGCAAGGUUAUUUUCCUACAAGCUGCAUAUCUAGUUGAGACACUACGAGCGGAUUCAGGCGAUUGUGCCAAGGCCUUGAUAUACUUCAUGGAACCUAGUAUGCGCACCGGUGACAUGAGUAACGCUAUGGAGGGCAUCGUUGUGGCUGCUAUGGGUGCCUACCUCAAGAAGACUUUAAGUGGGCUUCACCCGACCUUCUCAGCUCCUUACGUGGCAAAACAGCUUGCACUGAUUUUCAACACCUGUUGUCACCGUAUUGACCGUGUUCAGCAAGCUGCGGUAAAGUGUGCAGAUUCUAUUAUCAAUUCGGUUCCUUCUGCUCUUUGCCAAAAAUUGUCACUUUUUACCCUUUUGGAUCUCUUGUCGCUCAUGUGGACGAGCUGUUUGGAUGCUGAGACAGAUGAGUAUGAAUGGAAAUCAUCGUUCACAUCAGCGCGUCGAAAGGUCACUGUUGAGCUCUCGGACGAUUAUAACUUGCGCCGGCGAACGUUGAAUAAUCUCUACAAACGAGCCAAAGGAUGGGUAACAUCCGUUAUCAAUAUUGCGCCUUUGGAUGUCAAGGGUCUUUUACAGACAUAUCUAUCUGACUACGAUGACGACGGUGCAUAUGGAUAUAUCUCCUUGGGGAGAUCCUUUGCAAGUGAAAUGGGCUUUGUCAUUCCAAGCACUGAUCAGAGGCUUGCUGCGAUUGACCCACAUGGAGAGUGCAAUAUUAAUACCGCCUCUGACUUCAUAGCUCAGUACACGACUCGACAAGAAUACCGCUACGCAGAGACACUCCCAAACAAGGAUGCUGAAUGGCUGCAUUUUCUGCCUCUCGGUGAGCGACGUGGCUCCCUUGCAUCGAAGUCUGGCAAUGAAUGCGACGACGCUGUCACGGUUCUUUCUAACAUACAAAACCGCACGCUUAAGGGAAUGCAUAUUCCAAUUGGGGAACUCCGCGAUGUGCUCAGGAGGGCGGCAGCUCUACUAUGUAGGAGCCAGCGAGAUGAGUGUGCCAUUGUACAUCAUCUUGUUGUCAUACCAUUUUCCAUCUUCACAAAGCCAUCCAUCAAGCUUGGUAUAUCACUUUGGCUCGGUGUGAUUAAUGAGAACCCUCGCAUGGAGCCACGGAUAUUGAUGGAAGUUGCUCAACAAUGGGAGUUGACAGUGCAUCGAAGGCUUGGGGUUUUCAAUGUAAAAUUUCUGCAUCCUGACCCUUUCUAUGUCGCCGGAGAGUUUGCGCCAAGUAACAGUGCCAACUUAUCAAAACGACAGCAUGCAUCUCAUAAUCUUCUGUCUCCGCACAUGCGAUUGCUACAAUUCCUAGGAAGCCACUUCAAUGCAAGCCGCUUGGGAAGCCCACAUACGGAAAAAACAUUUCUUAGACUCUUGAAUGUCACCCUAGAUGGUCUAGCACAAACGACGGGUCAUCCACUGGCUAGGGAACUUAGGUUCCAAAUUGUUCUCUUCGGACUUAAGGUCAUCAAGCAUGUAACUGCUCUCGGCUUCCACCCCAGGUUUGUACUCAAAGACAAGAUCUUGUCAGCUGCCUUGAGCUGGUUUACGUUUGCGCCGCGAUGGUCAUUUGGUGGCAACAGAUUGCAGUUGAAAGCAGAGACUCGUUUACUGGCCGAAGUUUCUGUAGCUCUCAAGAAUAUACAGAUGGUCGUUGAAACACCCACUCCGCUUUCUAAAUCCCUCCAGGCCAAGGAAGACCUGCUUCAGAUCUUAAUGGAAAGCGAGCAGACGAGGCUCAAUGUAUGGCUCUAUCCGCUAGGCGAGCCUCGAGACCUAGUCACGCCCAGUCGGGGUUCAAAGGCUGCAAUUGAGUACGCUAUGCGUGCUUUGGAAUGUCACUCUGUGGAUGUCACGUUCUUCUAUGUUCCUCAGAUCGUGCAAACACUGCGGUAUGAUGUACUUGGCUACGUCGAGAGAUAUAUUUUGGAGACCGCGCAGUUUUCCCAGCUUUUUGCCCAUCAAAUUAUUUGGAACAUGAAAGCGAACGCUUAUAAAGAUGAAGAUUCUAAGAUUCCUGAUGCUAUUAAACCUACCCUGGAUAAAGUUACGGAUCGGAUGAUUGCCGAGUUCUCUGCCCUUGAUAGGGAUUUCUACGAACGCGAAUUUGCCUUCUUCGACGAAGUUACUAGUAUUUCCGGCAAGCUCAAACCUUACAUCAAGCGCCCGAAACCAGAGAAAAAGCAGAAGAUUGAGGAAGAACUACGGAAAAUUAAGGUUGAAGUUGGGGUUUACUUGCCCAGCAACCCUGAUGGUGUCGUUAUUGGCAUUGACCGAAAGUCUGGGAAGCCCCUCCAGAGCCACGCGAAGGCACCUUACAUGGCAACCUUUAGGAUCAAAAAGAAUAAGACCGAUAUGGAAGGCACAGAUGACAUGCUAGAAGAGACAAACCAAACUGGAGAAAUACCCCAGGACAACACAGUCGAGAUAUGGCAAUCAGCGAUCUUUAAGGUUGGAGAUGAUUGUCGUCAAGACGUUUUAGCCCUUCAGAUGAUUGCGGCCUUCCGAGGCAUUUUCAACAACGUCGGCCUGGAUGUUUAUGUGUUUCCAUACCGGGUCACGGCCACCGCACCGGGUUGUGGUGUUAUUGACGUUCUGCCGAACUCGAUUUCUCGAGAUAUGGUUGGCCGAGAAGCAGUCAAUGGUCUCUAUGACUAUUUCGUCUCAAAGUAUGGCAAUGAGGACUCUUUACGAUUUCAAGAGGCACGCAGCAACUUUGUUAAAAGUAUGGCUGCUUACUCGAUGAUCUCAUUCUUAUUACAGUUCAAGGAUCGACACAAUGGAAAUAUCAUGAUUGAUGACGCUGGCCAUAUCUUACACAUAGAUUUCGGUUUCUGCUUCGACAUUGCUCCUGGAGGCGUCAAAUUCGAACGAGCACCAUUUAAACUCACAACUGAGAUGGUAGCUGUCAUGGGUGGAAGCACAGAGCACCAGUCCUACAAAUGGUUUGAGGAGUUGUGUGUGAAAGCUUUUCUAGCGUCGCGUCAAUACAUAGACAAGCUGUCUCAAAUUGUGCUAUUGAUGAUGGACUCCGGAUUGCCGUGUUUCAAGCCGGAGACGAUCCAACACUUCAAAGACAGGUUCGUACCAGAGAAGAGCGAGAGGGAGGCUGCGGAUUUCAUGAGGGGUUUGAUCAGGAAGAGCCAGUCAAGUUAUUCGACGGGAGUAUAUGACCAGUUCCAACUCUUGACAAACGGUAUUCCAUAUUAG